CCCCAGAAAAACACAUUUAACUUGAUUAAGUUUUAAAAUCGCAAUUUGUUCACGGUAUUCAUUUUAGUUCCAAUCAAGCUGCUGCACGGAAUCAAGGUUAUUACGUUUAAGGUCGAAUUAUUUCGUGUUUUUUUUUUGAAAGUAAAAGCUGAGGAUGGAGAAUUUCUACGCUCUACUGUUCAUUGGACUAAUAUGCAUUUCUGGCGUCAUAUCAGCUGAUGCUGAUUGCCCAUUAUCCAACAAAAUGACAUCUUGUUCACCCAAAUGCAAAGAUGAUUCCGAAUGCCACGGCAAGAAAUGUUGUCCAAAUAUUUGUAAUGCUAGAUCAUGUGUCCCGGAUCAUUUAAAGUAUGCCACUGCGGGUGGUGAUGGAUAUAAGCAAAAUUCUAAAACUGCCACGGGUACCUACUGUGGAAACGUAAAAUGUAGUUCAUUUGAAAAGUGUGAGUUUGACAGAGCUUCUAAAAGAUCAAAGUGUGUACGUCAAUAGAAUUAAAAAAAUGUUUUAUAUUAUAAGCUUAUCUUUAAUAAAGACCAUUUUGCAUCUUUUACCUUA